AUGUUGUCUGCUAAAUCUUUUUCCUUAGUUUAUGUUGUUUUAAAAAAUACUCACUCAAUUCAGAUAAACGAGGGCCGUGAACGCCUCGACGCACUUGGCCGGGAAAUAGGGGUGCAACGUGUUGAAAAGGCUCGCCUUUUAUCCCAGCAGCAGCACGAUCGAGACACUUUUGUAAUGGAAAAGCAUUUGAUCACACUGGAACAAGAAGCUAAACGUACCGAGAUCAGAGAAAAUCAG